AUGGCCCCAGCAGGCUCCCAGAGGCCUUUUUCACCAGGGGAAAAGCGCAAGCGGGAUGAGGAUAGCGACAUAAAUGAUAGGCCCCAACACGUUGUCAAGGCCCUUUCAAAUGACACAGGUGACCGGAAUAAAAAGCAAAGGGUUAUCGGGCCAACCAUGCCACCAAAUAUAGUAGAAGACAAGAGUACCAGCUGCAGCGACAACGAGAGCGACGACAAUUACGGACCCCCCCUUCCUCCAACUCAUACGGAUACAACUCAACAGACAUACAAGGAGGAAAUCCAGUUGAAUUCAACGUCUGAAGAAUCACAACCCACCCGACGAGAUGACUGGAUGCUUCAUCCGCCGGAGCAUGGCGACUGGUCUUCACGUGUUGAUCCAACGAAGAUACGCAAUCGGAAAUUCAACAUGGGUAGAAGUGCAACCGCUAAACCUUCGCUCAGUGGAGUUGCCGGCACUUGGACUGAAACGGCAGACGAGAAGAGGAAGCGGCUAGAGGCUGAGGUCAUGGGAAUCAAAGCCCCAGCAUCUUCCAAUGUUACAGGGCGCUCAGGGGAAGCAUCUGAAUACGACGCUGCGAUGUUGAAGCGUGUACAGGAAUAUAAUGAAAAGAAGAGAGGGAAAACGCUCUAUGCGCAGCAUCAAUCUCGGCCUUCAAAGGAGGAGGAGGAUGAUCCUAGCGCUCGCCCAUUCGAUAAAGAUAAAGAUAUCCGGGGUCCAACAAGGAUCAACCACGCUCAAAGGCGAGAGUUGCUCAACCGCUCCUCCGACUUUAAUACCCGAUUUUCUGGGGGGAAAUUCCUGUGA